ACGUGAAAAGUGAAACAUGGAGCAGUUUCACAAGUGCGUGUAAAUUCUUGCAAUUGUCUAUUGAAUCAACAAUUCAUAACACGCAGAUGAGUUAACCACUAAGGUACUAGUCUGUCUUAUACCAGAGAAAUGUUUGGUGACUUAUUCGAGGCCGAAGAGGACGCCGAAACUUCCUUAAAUCAGGCCAGUGGAAGGGUCCACGGCUUGGAGAGCCCUCCGCCGCCGCGGCUCCCAAGCGGCUUGUGUGGGAUAAAAAAUCAAGGCGCGACCUGCUAUCUAAAUUCCUUGCUACAGACUCUGUUGUAUACACCAGAGUUUAGAGAGUCUUUAUUUCAACUUGGACCUAAGGAUCUUGGUUGCCUACAGGAUAAGGAUAAACCAGGAUCAAAGGUGCGAGUUAUUCCAAUUCAGUUGCAGAGACUGUUUGCCAGAUUGCUGCUCUGUAAUCAGCAAACUGCCAGUACAACAGAGCUAACAGACAGCUUUGGCUGGACAAAUAAUGAGAGUCUACAGCAGCAUGAUGUUCAGGAGUUGAACCGUAUACUGUUCAGUGCAAUAGAGGAUUCUUUGGUUGGCACUGCCAGACAGAGCCUUAUCCAGGAACUCUACCAUGGGACCAUUGUGAAUAAGAUUAUUUGCCAAGAAUGUGGAAGAACCAGUGAAAGACAGGAGGACUACCUGGACCUACCUGUCACUGUGGUGGACACAGGAAGUCUUGAGGAAGGACUUUGUAACUGUUUUGUGGAGAUGGAGACCAUGGAUGGCAAGAACCAGUACAGAUGUGAGGGAUGCAACAGACUGGUCAAUGCCAGAAAGGGCGCAAGAUUGAAAAGUUUACCUCCCAUUUUGACAUUUUCCUUGCUCAGAUUUAGUUUUGAUUUUGUAAAAAUGGAAAGAUACAAGGAGACAGGAAAGUUCACUUUUCCUCGUGAGAUAGACAUGGGACUUUUCUGUGAUGAUCCUGAAGAUGCAGACACAUUAUAUGAACUCUUCUCAGUUGUUAUUCAUACGGGUAGUGGCUUUGGUGGUCAUUAUCAUGCUUAUAUCAGAGAUGUGGACAAUCUGGGCAAGUGGACAGCACCUGAAAAUGCCGAGAUCUGUCUUCCUACAGACCCCUCCACUGGUAAAGUAGACUACAUAGAGUUUGAGUCACCAGUAGAACUGGUUCAAGCACUGCUCUCUAGGGAGGGGAGACAGGGAAUGCCAGUGGAUAAACUAUGCACUGAAAUGGUCAAACAAACUGGAGUUUCUUGGAACAAAAGGUUCAAGAAAACCUAUGGGCCAAUUAACAAGUUUUUGAAAAAAUUUGAUGACAAAUUUGUGCUCAAUUCUGAUGUUAACUGGGUGUACUUACAAGAAUAUACAGGAUGUCUACAAGGAAGCAAUCCAGUUGGUCAAUCAUUGUCACAUGAUGUCAAUAACCAACGAAGUAGAGAGGGGGGAAACAAAGUCUCAGUACAUGCGCAUAAUGAAAAUCAACAGCAGAAGUGCAACAAAAUGACAGAGAAGACUAGUUGUGGCGUAACUCCAUCAGAAGAGGGACACUGUUGGUUUGACUUCAAUGACUCUCGUGUGCAGUCGAUACACGAGAGAGAAAUAGAGAAGCAGUUCAGUGGCAGGGAGAGUGCUUACAUGUUGUUCUACAGAAAAAAGUCCAUGGUCAGGUCUGAAGCAGCCAAGCAUGAUCCAACACAUGGCAUGCCUGAGUCACUGAUCCAGGAAGUUAUGAGAGAAAAUAAGGAAGUAGAUAGGAAGAGAGAAGAAUAUGACAUUGCAGUCAAUAAGAUAACAGUGAAGAUUUUCUUUGGAGACCAGCAUGAGUUCAUAGCAGGUGCCAUACAAGCGAUUCCAGAUAGUCUUUCUUUUAUGGAAAUCCCACUGGACAGAAGGAAAACAGUGGGGGAGCUUAAGAUGCUCAUACUAGAGGAAUGUGGAGAAUUGGUGCCUCCCAAGUUUGAACUGAGUUUUGUCAAGGAGCUACCUGCUGGACUGCAUGUCUAUGACUUGUUGACAGCUGCAGAUUCUGUGAUAUGUCAAGAUGCCUACAUAUGUGAUGGUACAUACUUUAUGCUGUGGGAUGGAGUGCAGAUUCAAGGAGAAUCCAUCCCUACAGGUGUCGCCACAGAGCCAGUCUACCUCAAUGUGACCUAUGGCAACCCUUCCCAGCUGUCCCAGGGGUUCCCUAAGAACUGCACCCUUGGUGAACUGAAGCUGAUGUUGGGUGAACUCACCCCCAUCGACCCAGAAAACCUGAAGCUUUGCCAGCUGGUCACAAAAGAUGAUACCACAUCAGCAGUUCCAUUUAGUCCCAUAGAUGAAGGAAAGACACUGGAAGAGCUGAGACUUAAGGACGGUGACAACCUUAUAGCUGAAGACACCAAAGAAACUAGUAGCAGCGUUGCUAAGGACUCCUUAUUGAAGAAGUCUAACAAGCUUAUUCUUGAAGUAGAGAACAGAUGCCAGGAUCACUCUGCAAUGGAUGCUUACCCUGUGACCACUGUUGAAAUAGACAGAGAAACGAGAGUGUCAGAUCUGAAGGCAGUGAUAAUGUCAGCGUUCACAAUCAGCUCUGUACCUGGUGGGGGAAGACUAAGGGUGGAGGAUUCAAACUUGGGGCUCAGGCCUCCCUUACAUGAAGAACAGGAUGUGGUCACAGCUGGGUUGAAAAGUGGUCAACAUGUGGUCAUACAGCCAGGCAGUCCACCUCUCACUGACCAGAUGACCUUGACCUUCACCCCAGGAAGCCCUUCAGAUGACCUUCAAGACUUGGAAAUUAUGGUGAAAAAAUCUUGCACAGUCCAGCAGUGCAUGGAAGAGAUGGUACAAAAAGCAGGGUUUUCUGGUGAUAAUUGGCAUUUACGCAAGACUAAUUGGUGCGGGGAGGCCGGGGAGAUACUGGACGAUGUGGCAUCCAGUCUGGAACAGUGCGAUAUAAAAGAUGGCGACCAUCUUUUGUUGGAGGAGGGAAGGGUGCCUCCAAAAGGUUAUCUCCAGCUUCCAGUGUAUUUUCUUAAAACAAACAAAGAUAGGAAUGAGGGUAUGCUCUCAUGGAUAGCCACUGGUAUAUCAGGACUUUUUGGUGGUGGCUCUGGUGAUAAGAGUGAUCUCAGUAGUAGUAGUAGUAGUACACCAGCUCAGGCAGAGUUCACAUCUAUAGGAGAAGUGAUUAUAGGAAAGAAAGACACCCUCGUGGAACUAAAGCUACAGAUAUUGAGUCUUCCUGCUUUAAAUGAUGCUGUGGUGCCUACUUUGAAUUACAUGCGUGUCCGGCUUAAAGUGAAGGAUAGGCUGACUGCUGUGUUAAGGGGAAAUCAACAGACAUUGCAACGUCUGAAGGUGACCAGUGCAAGUCAGCUGUGUGUGCAAUUACUUCAGGAAGAAGAGAGUCUCAGUCCCAGUCAAAUUCUUCUCCACGUGUGUCAACGUAUCCCAGAGUCCCUCACCUACGCACCAUACCAAGAAAUUCUUUGGGAUGCCGCAAGAGAUGCAAGUCCAUAUGCGUUAAGGCAAACUAUAGCAGAUGCAUUCCUGGUCCCUGUGGAGAGGAUAGUGAUAGCUAAGCAUUUUCCUGAGAAGUUUGAAUGGAUGGUCCUCAAAGACACUGACAAGGCUAACAAGACCAUUAAACAUCGAGGGAAAAAAGGCAGAGGCAGUAACAGUCCAAAGAAGGACAACCUGAGACAGGCCCCGUAUCAUUUGAAAGAUGGCGAUGUGAUUGGAGUGAAGGAUUUGGCCACGGACCCAUUGGACCAGGAUGACUUCAAAACUGAAGAAGAUUUCAUAGGACUGGAAAAUUUAAGACAAGCCAUAGAGGAAAAGAAAAGGAGGAGAAAAAACAGAGCAGUAACAGGGGCAGCGGAUGGCUGCACUGUCCAGAGAAGGCCCGAGGUUGGCUUGACCAUAAAAGUGGACAGUUUUAGGUGAUCUUAGAGCUAUCACUAUGUGAUACUACACAUAAAAAUAAAAGGUCUGUUUGGAAUGACCUUCACAUGUGAUUGUGAAGGUCAGACUGGAUUGACCUUCAAAUGUCAGAAAGAUAUUUUUUACUAUAAAUUUGACCUUCAAAGAGAAUUUCAAGAUUAUACUGGACAUAUCCUCAGGUAAAAGCCAGAUUGUUCUUCAUAGGCAAAGGUGAAUAGGCCAUGGUGGAUGCCUCUUGACUUUGAUUUUAAGCAGAAAAUAAGUACCACAUUUACCAUUGAAUUGUGUCAAUGUGGAUUGACCGUCAUACUGCAGGUAAAGGUCACAUUUAAAUUGAGGGUGAAGGUCAUAGUUUUGUCCUUAGCCUAGGAGGAAGGUCGCAGAGGAAGUGAGCUGUGUAAAGAUAAUUACUUGUCCCUUCCUCUCGGGAAUUCUUGUCAGUCAUUCGUUAUUGUCUUCUUGUGAAUGCAUUGAAAAUGGACAUGCUGAUUUGUAGCUGUGAAUUGUCUGGAUAAAAGAGGGGCUCAUUUUGAUAU